GUGCUGGGAUCCACGUUUUCUGAAAAUGGAUGGUCAAUGACAGUUGCGGAUAAUGUGAGGGCUGAGAAAGGAGCCUCCGCUGUUUUACCCUGCAGCUUCACCCACCCAGACACUAAUCUCACACUCACCGGCUCUGUGGUAUGGAUUAAAUAUUUCACAGGUGUUAUCUUCAAGUGCACAUAUCCGGGUCCAGACCAUUCCCAGGGUGAGUUGUGUGAGAAUGUGAUACAGCGGGAUGGUGGGAAUCGAUUCAGAUUCGUAGGGAACCUCAGCAACAAAGAUGUCUCAAUAAUGAUGGAGGGACUGAGCCAGGAGGAUGCUGGUCUCUAUCGGUGGCGUGUGGAUCUCAAUAUCGGCAGUAUUGGAACUGCGAGAGGAACAUGUCUAGAAGUGAAAGCUGCUCAGGGAACUGUCUCAGUCGUGAGCGGGACAGAGGGAAAUUCAGUUACUUUACCCUGUAUCUUCAUGACCAGAGACUUCGGCACCCUGUCCACUAUUACCUGGAUGAGGAAGAAGCCCUACCAACACAUCGUUACAUUUACAGCCCAAUCAAAGGGAAAUUGGACAACUGUAAAUGGUGGAAAUCGGUACGAGCUCAUCGGGAAUCCAGAUAAGGGAAACGCAUUGACCAGGAUAAACCAGCUGAGUGUGAGGGACAAUCAUACUUACCUCUGUCAAGUGGAAUACAGAUCAAGUCUCAAUUUUCAGUACCUGAUCCAGAAAGAGAUACGGCUACAGGUCAUACCUAAGACUUUCCCCAUUGCUAUAUUAUGCAUUUCACUUGUGUUGAAACUCCCUCCCCUUCUGGUGAUGUGGAUCAUUUUAUACAGGGACAAAACCAGGAAGGAGCAAGACUGACUCAUCACAGAUGGCUGAGAAACUUCGUGUACCAACUGCAAUUUAAACCUAUUCCACUCGCCGUGCACUGAAUCCCAUUCGCAACUUAAGCUGGGAGAUAGCAAGGACUGCAGAUGCUGGAAGUCAGAGUCAAUAAUAUGUGGAUUUGGAGAAGCACAGCAGGUCAGACAGCAUCCGAG